AUGAUGACGCCUAACGGUAACGACAGCGGAGACGACCUUGGCGGCCUCAACGGUAUGGCAGAUGCCGUCCUGUCUCCGUGCCCCGAGUCCGAGAGCAACACUCAACGUUCGUCUUCGGUGUUGACAUCGGGACGCUCUGCUGGCAAGAUUUUGGAGGCCUUUGACACGGCCGAAGGCGUUGGCGCGCGUGUCCUGCGUUCUAUUGGGACACCGGCGCUAUGGAAUCUCUCGCCUUUCCUCAUCCUCGACCACGCGAGUGUGGGCCAAGGCGCCGGGUUUCCCGACCACCCGCACCGCGGGAUGGCGACCGUGACCUACGUGCUAGAGGGCACGAUGCAGCACGAAGACUUUAUGGGUAACUACGGUCGGCUGUCGCGCGGCGACGUGCAGUGGAUGACUGCCGGGCGUGGGGUCGUGCAUGCCGAGAUGCCGGUUGUGGAUCCGGCCCAUCCUGUGGAUGCCGUCGCUCUGCAGUUGUGGCUCGAUUUGCCGGCCGCAAAGAAGAUGGUCAAGCCGAGCUACAAGGAGAAGAAGGCCGACGCGCUAGCACGCGCGACGUUCCCCGGCGGAAACGUGGUUGUCGUGAGCGGCCAGAGCCACGGCGCGGUUGGACCAAUCAGGCCCAUCGCCGGUUGUUGGUUCCUCGACUUUACGCUGGAAGCCGGCGGCGAGGUGUGGCAGCCGAUCCCUGAAGGAUGGACUGCGUGCAUCUACGUCCUCGAGGGCGCUGUGGCAGUCGGUGACGCAGGAAAGGAAGUGGCUAAACAGAACGUCUGCGUCCUCUCCGCUGUGGUUGGGGAGGAGGGUGUGCAGAUACGUUCGCGUCCGCGCUCAGGGAGCCGCUUCGUCCUCAUUGCCGGCGAGCCGCUUGACCAGCCGAUGGUCCUACAGGGUCCCUUUGUCUCCACGAGCCGGGACGGCGCAGCACAGGCACUCCGCGACUACCAGAGUGGAAGGAACGGGUUCGAAAAGGCACUGGGCUGGCGUAGCGACAUUGGGAAGGAUGUGGGCAUGGUGCGCCGCAAGCCUCGCCGGAAGGGAGAGGAGGAGUGGGAGGAGCGCGACCCUCGCGAGAAGGGACGUGGAGGGAAGCGGCGCGAGGACAAGGACGACAGCGAGGUGGACGCAGGAAGAGGAGGAAGCAAAGGCAAGGGCAAUGGCAGGAGCGGCCGGCGGUAA